UAAAGUUCCUGGAGCGACUCCUUCCAGAAGUAUGUCGCUUUUUUGCGGGUUAUGAUGUCCUAUAUCGAUAUAAUGGGGGAAAACGACGACUGCAACAGUGAAUUGAGUGAACAUGGGAGGUUUUUGACAAAAGGGGCUUUUCUCCUCACCCCAUCCCACGACUUGAGUUUGGACAAAGCGGCUAACAUUUGUGACAAGUUAAACUUCAGGGGGAGUUUUUCUCUGACGAAAACUGCAACCGGAAUCUUAUUCAAGUUUUCCGAGCCGGAAGACUUCCAGCAAGUUUUCCGGAAAGGUUUCCAUAAGGUAACAGGAGGACGACUUUAUAGAAAAGUCAAUAUACCAUGCAGACCUCAGAAGACAUUUUCUUUACUUGUGCAUGAAGUGCCCAACGAUUUACCAGAAGAUGAUAUCCGAGCUAGCUUAUACCGAUUCUGUUCAGUGGUAGAAGUCACCAGGCUACCACCAAAAUUAGACCAAAGCCCAGGCACUCCAAAUCCCAUCCGUAUAACCGUAGCAUCCCUAGACGAGUACAACAGCCUUCUGCAACAAGGUCUGGAUUUCUACGGGGCCACCUACUUUCCCACGGAGCCCCUGAAGAAGGAGAACUUCAGAGGUAGCAAGGAGAAGCUACUACCUGUCUUCGAUUCCGCUGGUUUCUCCAGGCUUCCUCCUCCAGCCAGUAGAACCUUGAAGCCUAGACCCUAAUACGAAGCUGUGGAGUAUGGAAUUGAUAUUUUUGACGAAAACCAUCGUUAUCUUUAUCGCGAAGUUGGAAAACACAUGUGUUGCAGUACGACACCCUUUCAAUGUAUUCUUGUCUUGGAAAAAAAUUUGGACCUCUCUAACUCACAGCAAGUAAUUCACGAGAUACUAUCGGAUCUACGGAAAUUAUCUAAGUAUCUCUCGGAAAUCAUUUCAAAAUUUUAAGUUUAUAUAUCAUUUAUCUCAUCGGAGUUCCUAUGUAACAAUACUUGAUUCAGUCAUUGUAUUUUUGUAAAUAUUAACAAUAUAUCGUUGACCUAACCAUGAA